GCCAUUUUGUGUUCUCGCAAGAUUGAAUUUUGGACUCCUGACUGACAGACUGGCUUUGUAGCUUUAUUGUUGGGGCUCCAGAAGCCCUAAUUUCCCCACGACCAUGCCGUGGCCCUUCUCGGAGUCCAUCAAGAAGCGUGCCUGCCGUUACCUCCUGCAGAGAUAUCUGGGUCACUUCCUGCAGGAGAAGCUUAGCCUGGAGCAGUUGACUCUAGAUUUGUACCAGGGCACCGGCUCCUUGUCACAAGUUCCGCUCGAUAAAUGGAGUCUUAAUGAGAUACUGGAGUCAGCAGAUGCUCCCCUGGAGGUGACGGAGGGCUUCAUACAGACCAUCUCUCUGUCUGUCCCCUGGGGCUCCUUACUGCAGGAUAACUGUGCACUGGAGGUGAAAGGCCUAGAGAUGGUGUUCAGGCCAAGACCUCGGCCACGUUCUGCUUCUGAGCCGAUGUAUUGGUCAAGCUUCAUGACCAGCAGUAUGCAGCUGGCCCGGGAGUGUCUGAGUCAGAAGCUGACCGAUGAACAGGAGUCCUCACAGCCCUUUGAGGGGCUAGAGAAGUUUGCAGAGACUAUAGAAACCGUGCUGAGACGUGUCAGAGUGACGUUUAUUGACACCGUGUUGAGAAUAGAACAUAUACCUGACAACUCUAAAACAGGAACUGCCCUUGAAAUACGAAUCAGCAGAACAAUGUAUUCUGAUGAAACAGUGGAUGAGCAGUCGGGAAUUAAUGUGCACAGACCGUCAGCAUUCGCUCACAAAGUCCUGGAACUGAGCGGCGUUUCCUUCUUCUGGGAUGAAUUCUCAGCAUCUGCAAAAACCUCUCCUGUUUGUUCAACUUCAAAAGUGGAAACUGAGCCCAAACUGUCUCCCAGCUGGAAUCCGAAGCCUGUCUUUGAGCCGCACCCCCAGUUCACCAGAAGUAUAACUGAGGUCACCCCCUCUGACCCUGUGCAGAUUGCUUCUCUGGUGGGCAGUAUUGAGCUGGGCCUAAUUCUGAAACAGAAUGAAGUGCUUCCUGGGGCAAAGCUGGAUGUGGAUGGACGUGUCGACUCUUUCCACGUCUUCCUCUCUCCCCGGCAAGUUCACCUAUUGCUGGAUAUGUUGUCGGCCAUUGCUGGACCAGAAUCCUCCAGCAGGAUAGGAAUGUCCAGCAAAGAUCGGAAGAGCCGUCCCAUGCAGCAAGAAGAUGAGCUUCGCCUCCAGAUGGAACUCAAGCGCUACUUAAAAAGAGAAGCGAUGUCUGGAGGACCGUCUGCUGAGCACAGCUUCUAUGAGACGGACACAGCAAAAACCCCUUCCAGCCAUGAUGAAGAAGUGUUCUUCUCGAUGGCAGAUAUGGAUAUGUCUCACAGCCUUUCUUCUCUCCCACCACUUGGUGACCCGCCUACAGUGGAUUUAGAUUUGUCAUUAAGUAGCACUUACACCAGUUCUCCAGUUGGCUCCCCCCUAGGAGCUGCAUAUGAAUGCGCUUUUGUUUAUUUACAGACAACAUGGGGCGACUAUCAGGAACAUCUGAGGAUGGAGGAGACACUUUUACGAGGGGCCUCAUACAAGCCCAGCGUGAACCAAAACACUCAUAGACGAAGCUCACUGCCAGCCCGUUCGGCCUCUGUGGAUGAAUCUAGACCAGAGCUUGUUUUCAGACUGGCCGUAGGCUCUUUGUCCAUCUCCGUGCUCCAUAUAGACCCUCUGCCGCCAACAGAAGCCACGUCAAGCCCUAACCCAUUGACCCCUCUGUCGCUCGGGUUCUUCAACCGCAUUGAGGCUUUACAGCCGCAGACCUUCACGCAGAGUGACUUUGCCUGUUUACGAAAUAUCUUUGCAGAAGCCUGCACUCAUGAUCACCUCAGGUUCCUAGGGACUCAACUUAAAAUUUCCCAUGAACAGCGUCAGAGGUCCGGUGCUCGGAGUUUCAGCACUGACGUGUGUAUUGGGCAGACCGAGCUCCUAGAGUGCCUUUACCCCAGCGAUUCUCCGUCUGUUCCACCUCACUACACAGAGCUACUGAAAUUUGACCUAGAAAAGGAUGGGGACAGCAGAUCAUCUCCAUGUGUUCACCUGCACUAUAAGCAUUCAGAGAACAGAGGAGCUCAGGCCAGUUCUGGGCGGCUAGGUUCAGCUCCACAGAGAUCAGAGCUUCAAAUCCAAUUGACUUCCGCCUCGUGUGAGCUGGACGUCACCAUUGUAGAUAGACUGAACUCCUUGCUCCAGGUACAGAAACUGGGCACUGUGGAAAUGAUGACCUCGCACUUGUUCACCUCCUACAACAAACACAUUAGUCUGCACAAAGACUUUCCAGAGGUGCUCUUGGAUGAUUCCCGAUCCCCAGUGACCACGCGGACCUCUGUGCUAGUCUCUGCUCCAUCUCUCCACCUUGCAGUGCGGUUCCCCAUUCCGGACCUGCGUUCGGACCAGGAGCGGGGGCCUUGGUUCAAGAAGUCACUGCAAAAAGAGAUCCUGCACCUGAGGUUCUCCGAUGCUGAAUUUAAGACUGAGGUCCUUGGCGGUUCUUCCCCAGAGCAAUUGAAACUGGAGUUUACUUUUAAAGAGCUAGCAGCUGCCUUCCAGGAAGAAAGUAAUGGACCAGAGAUCCAGUUCCUAAAGGUGGUCAAGAAAAGCAAUGAUUUAGAUGGGGAUAUGACAACAUCCGACAAUUUUGAUUGGCCAAGAAUUGUGUUGAAAAUCAAUCCCGUAGCCAUGCAUUCUAUUCUGGAGCGAGUAGCUGCAGAGGAGGAUGAUGACGGACAGUUUCAGGAAGAUGAUGAAGGGGCCUCUCACUCACUAAAAGAUGUCUGCGACUUCAAACGUCCCGAGCCAUCACCCUUCUCCUCCCGUUGGGUCAUGUUUGAGAAUGAAGAGAUGGUAAUGCCUGGAGACACCAUAGAAAUGACGGAGUUCCAGGAAAAAGCCAUUAGCAAUUCCCACUUUGUCCUAGAGCUGACCCUGCCCAGUGUUUACUUAAUGCUACCAAACAAAGUCUUCUAUGAGAAAUUAUAUAACAGUAUGGUGGCAACAUUUGAAAACCUGUCCUAUGGAAUCGGCCUCUCUGUCGCCAGCCAGCUGAUUAACACCUUCAGUAAAGAUGCCAACUGUGGCUUCAAAUCCACCCAUUAUGAAGAUGACAGCGGCUCAGAAGAGGAGACCCUACAAUAUGAAUAUAUCCUGGACUCGAACUAUCACUGUCGCAGACGAAAGAAGCUGGAGUGUCAGAGUAAACACUCGCAGAGUUACCUGUCUGUCCUAGUAAACAUCAACCAUGGGCUGGUCUCAGUGUAUACAGAUGCAAAGCAUCCUGAUGGGCAGAUAAUGGAAGAUAAACACGGGGAGUUCUGGCUGGAAUUUAAUACUGGAUCCCUCUUUACUGUGACCAAAUAUGAAGGAUUUGAGGACAAACACUACUUAUGCCUGCACACUGGCACUCUAAAUCUUUGUCAUCAGGGUAUAUUGGACAAUGCCGUUGUUCCUGUUGAUCCCAGACUCCCCAGCCUUCCUCGACCUCAUUGGUUGGAGCCCACCAUCUAUCCUUCCGGAGAGGAUGGAGCCAGUCACCGUGUAGCCAGCAAUGGUGUGGGAGUGGACAGUCUCAGCAUGCUAACCAUGGCUGUAAAAAUCCAGUCUGAUAAAUCUGAAAACAAUACAAAGGAAUUCCUUGUUGCUGUGGGAUUAAGAGGGGCAACACUACAGCACCGUGUGCUUCCUUCUGAACUGACCUGGCAUGAGCAGAUAUUACAAUUUCUGAAUAUUACCGAUGAGCCAGUUCUAGGCUACAACCCACCAGCCUCCAUAACCACUUUUCAUGUUCACCUCUGGAGUUGUGCUCUUGAUUACAGACCUCUCUACCUGCCAAUUAGAGCCCUGCUGACUGUGGAGACUUUCAGCAUUUCCUGCAGCGUAGCACUGGACAAAUCUUCAUCCAGUUUACGGAUUAUCUUGGAUGAAGCUGCGCUGCAUUUAUCAGACAAGUGCAAUGUGGUGUCUGUCAAUUUAAACCGGGACUUCAAUGGGAAACGUUGUGCGACCAAAUGCGGUCAGUCCAAGCCACGCUUUGAGAUGUAUUGUUCUAGCGACGUGAUCCAUAUCAGAACAUGCUCGGACUCCUGUGCUGCAUUAAUGAACCUCAUUCAGUACAUCGCCAACUACGGGGAUCUGAAUCCGCCUCCCCGAACACAGACCUCACCCGGACCCCACAACAAAGCCAAAAAGGUAAGCAGGGGAGCAUCCAGCUCUCGGUGCCCUCUGCUAGCUGAGGCAGAGCAGCAAAUACUCCGAGAUCUAAUGAUCGAUGCCAUGGAGGAUAUGGACGUCAGUGAAGAUGCAGCACCAGUAAAACCCCAGCUAAAUGGAAUUUCAGAUGGCAAAUUUGAAUCUCAGGAUCCCCCGUGCUCUGACCUUUUCCUUUUUCCUGAUGAAAGCGGUACCGUGUCGGAAGAGCCCAGUCCAACAUUCAUGAUGGCUGCUCCCCAUCUUAUGAGCGAAGCCAUUCUUGAUGGUCCACUUGACAGUGAUGACUUCUGUAUUUUGUAUGCUCCAAAAACGCCUGCUAUGAAUAAGGAUGAGGAGCCAAGUGUGAGAAAACUGGUUGAAGAUUUGAUCAUAAUUAAAGAGAAUUACUUUAGUUCCCCGGAUGGGAAGACGGACACCAGUAAGGCUCCGGUACAUUUCCCAGUUCCUGUAAUCCGGUAUGUGGUUAAAGAGGUCUCGCUGGUCUGGCACCUGUACGGUGGAAAAGAUUUUGGAAGUACUCAUCCUUCUACAUCACCGGCUAAGCAUUAUAUGAGUCCUCACAGCUCCCCGUCAAGUACCCCCACCAGACGAGCCAACAGCAUAAUCCGAGGGGGCCGUGGACGAAACCAGGACUUGCUAAUGGAAAUCCAGUUAACCAAGGUGAAAUUCCAGCAUGAAGUUUACCCUCAGGCUGAUCUGGCCACAGCCGCCGCUCUAUCAGAACAGCUGGUAUCACGUCAGGUUUUCAUCGUCCAGGAUUUAGAGAUUAGAGAUCGUCUGGCCUCGUCUCAGAUGAAUAAAUUCCUUCAUCUCUACAGCAGCAAGGAGAUGCCACGGAAAGCGCAUGCCAACAUGCUGACAAUCAAAGCCUUACAUGUUCGCCCAGAAUCCGCCCUCUCACCACAAGAAUGUUGUCUUCGAGUGACCCUCAUGCCACUUCGCCUCAACAUCGACCAGGAUGCCUUGUUUUUCCUGAAGGACUUUUUCACAAGCCUGUCUGCAGAAGUGGAAAUAUUGGUGACCCCGGAUCCUGAAGUAAGGAGGUCACCGGGUUCUGAUGUCACAUGCAGUCUGCCAAAACAUCUGAACGCGCAUGGUCGAGUGCCGGUGAUUUCAGUAAUAGGACAGAACCAGCCAUUGAAAAAUGGGGAUGUAUAUUUUACAGAAUUCAGUGAUGCCUCGGACACGUUGAAGGAUGACACGUCUUUCAGCGACCAGCCUGUAUUUUUCCGAGAAUUCCGAUUCACCUCUGAAGUCCCCAUAAGACUAGAUUACCACGGAAAACAUCUCUCAAUGGAUCAGGGUACGUUCACUGGAAUAUUGAUCGGCCUGGCCCAGUUGAACAACUCUGAACUAAAGCUGAAGAGGCUGUGCUACCGUCACGGCCUCUUGGGCGUCGAUAAGCUUUUCUCUUAUGCCAUAAACGAAUGGCUGACAGACAUCAAGAAGAACCAGUUGCCGGGGAUUCUGGGAGGAGUGGGGCCGAUGCAUUCUUUGGUUCAGCUUGUUCAGGGUCUUAAGGAUCUGGUGUGGUUGCCCAUUGAGCAGUACUGCAAAGAUGGCCGCAUCGUGCGGGGCUUCCAAAAAGGUGCUGCAUCGUUCGGCACGUCUACGGCAAUGGCUGCCCUGGAACUUACCAAUAGGGUCGUCCAGACUAUUCAGGCUGCUGCAGAGACUGCCUAUGACAUGGUGUCCCCUGGGCCAAGCCCUAUAGAGCUGAAAAGAGCUAAAAGAUUUUCUCACCACCGAUUGGUUCAUCAGCCUGUCGAUCUCAGAGAAGGCGUGGCCAAAGCCUACAAUGUGGUUAAAGAGGGAAUAACGGACACUGCUCAAACAAUCUAUGAGACGGCAGCCCGCGAGCAUGAGAACAGAGGGGUGACGGGAGCCGUAGGAGGAGUCCUUAGACAAAUCCCACCCGCGGUGGUUAAGCCUUUUAUAGUAGCGACGGAAGCCACCUCCAACGUCCUGGGCGGAAUGCGCAACCAAAUCCGUCCGGACGUUCGGGAGGAAGAGUCACAGAAAUGGCGGUUAGAGGAAGGUUAGUGCUCCUUGGGCUCCGUGUAUGAGGACUGACUACGGAAUCCAAUGGCCUCAAAAGACUGCGUUCUGGUAUAGUUUAGUUUUCUUGGCAAACAUGACUCAGGAACGGGUGACAUUUCGGUAAAA